ACAACAUAUACACAUAUCAUAAACUUUCCACACCUGUGGAUAUCUCACACUACAUCAGAAGCUAGUAUGCACAUGAAAAACGUUCGCAAAACAUUUUUACCAAAAGGUGUGGAUCACUGGCCAAAAUCCCGAGUAGUAGUCCAAGCACAUAAUAGUUGAAGACCAUACCUCAUCUUGCCUUCAACUCUUGCUCAGCUCCCACCUAUACACCUAUCUACUGUUGAUGUUGAUGAUCUGCUUACACAUGGCAUAAGCAGAAAAAAAGGAUAAAGAGGGUCAGCUCAUGGUUGAGUGAGAUAAUCAUAGCAUCGUGAGUUCAUAACAGAGCAUACCCCUACCAUACAUCUAGCAAACAAGCCAAAGCACUGGGAUCCGAUCUCAGCCCUCCGACAUCUGACUCACUUCUACUGUCACUCCAGGAAUUGGCCAAGUGAAACCACUUCCUAAAGCGUAGUAUAGCGGGUUUGGGUUUAAAUGUCAACCCGGGUCCUAGAUUUGAUGACUACUCAGUGAAUUCUUGUUAUCUAGCAAUGAAACUUUAAUGCAAGUCUAAACUAACAAACUAACAAAGCAAGUAAACAGUUGUAUUCAGGUUAAGAGAGGUCACCCGGAUAUGGUUCCCCCUAGACUGCAGUUAAGCUGGAUUGUAAUUACCAAGUUCAGUUUCUAUGAUAGUUAUACUGCGGAAGGUUCUUAAACAGCCUGAAGUCUCGACUAAAGAUCUUCAGACCCUCUCAAUUGAAUAUAAUCAAAUCAUAGAAUCAGUACUUGGGUUCAUACAAUCAAACCUAACAUACAAAUCUAGGGUUCUCCAUACCCAGAUGAAUGGGAGAACUACUCCAUGGAGAAAGAAGCAAAAGCAGAAUCAGACGCGGAAUUCAUACUGUGAAGGAUGGAUUCCUGCUCCUGGACGUUAAUCGGCACUUCUCCAAGCUCAAGCUGGCCUCCAAUGGUGAUGAAGAUCAAGCUAGGGCACUUGGAGACUCUUGUUCGUCACUUUCUCCCUCUAGGAAUCACUCUGUCUCUCUAAAACUCGAAUCCCCUUCUGUUUUGGCUGAAAUCUGCUUAAAAGGGCAUCAGUGGCAAAGCACGGUCGAGGGCACGGCCGUGCUUUGCCUCAGCCCGCCCGUGCUUUGGCUAGGGUUAAUUACACGACCAUUGUGUUGGGAGAAACACGGCCGUGCUUUAGGGAGGACACAGCCGUGCUUUGGGUGGACACGGCCGUGCUUUCAGCCCGUGUUUGCAGCUUGAAUUUGCCAAACUCAAUUAGCUCUCGGCAGUAAAAGCACGGCCACAGAACACGGUCGUGUUCUGUUUAAGGUGUCCCCGUGUUUUGGCUCCAGCUCGACGAAAUGACUUCCGAAUGCCUCGAAACUCGUGCUUAGCCUUUCCUUUGAUGCCUGGGACAUGAAAUAUGACAAAAUAGCACAACCCGGCGUAAAAUAGGCCAAAAAUACACGACUAUGCCCCUCAAACGGAUAAGAACUAGGGGCGCAAAUAUGUGCAAUUACAUCGUUAUCAACAUCCCAAUAGGCAAAAGACUCAACCACCUUGACUUAUGCAUAUGCAUCUUAUCAUGUUUUACUUAUAGGCGCCUAGUUACUCCCAUGCUAAUAACUCUCCCGGGAAACAUACCCCACAUCCCGUCGGAUGUAGUCAUACAUACCCCAACAUCCCGUCGGAUGUGGUCAUACAUACUCCACACCACUAUGGGUGUAGUCAUACCCCAACACCACUCUUGGUGUGGUCAUAUCUCAUAAGAAUUCUUCAGUCACCACCACAUGGGAGGUGUGACUAUCAUACAUAUCAUAAUAGAGUAAUAGCAUAGGGAGCCCUAAUUACAAUGUAGUUGACCGUGAGACCACAACACUCAUAUUUGGUAUCCUUAUACAUGAUUCAUAUCUCAUCUUGCUUAAUCAUAAUUCAUUACUUGCACAUGUACUUGACCUGGCCAUAAUUGGGUCAACAUAGGUAAAUCAGGAGUCGUAUAAUUGCACUUCCUCGGGAUAAACCCUCGUGCAAGUCAUCCUCCUUAAACGUCACAAUAUCACCUUGGGAAGUUUAUUCCCCCACUUAUGGAUCCAAAUACAACCAUAAUAUCACACCAUGUCAAAACCCCUUAUCGAACAACCAUGAAGUCAUAUCAACAGUUAAGCCAUAAAUGGCAACAUGUAUGCAAUCAUCCACAUAAACAAGGUUCGUAUCGAUUAGGGCAAGUCAAUAAUAUCAUACAGCAGUCCAGGGUUCAUCAUAUAGCACAAAAGUCCAUACACCCCUAAUCAUGCCAUUCUAGUUCACCUAGGUCAAUUCUAAGCAUCAAUAUAAUUAUCGUGAUACGACAAACCCGGUAUGCCGUGCUAAUCCCUCACCAGUUCUGGUCGUUCAAACACCGGUUUAACCUUCUCGUACUAAAAUGUAAAUUUCACGAACGAACCUCGAAUUAAAAUCCGAGACCGUCCUAAUAUCCCCUGCAGUAUCCCCGUCAAUAUUAGUUCUAGGCUCCGGGUCAAAUUCUCGAUAAAAAAACAUCAAACCCUGGCCGAAGCUAAAUUCAGCGAUCCCGCUCUGACUUAAAUAAUAGCCGAAAUUCAGG